AGACAUGUCCUGCUUAGAUGUGACAUCAUAGGGACCACUAUGAGGUCUUAGGUGGUCUGGACAGAGUGUAGGAACCUGUGGACUUGCCCAGUCCCUGAAGCUCUUCCUUCAACUAUCCACCCUCACCAUCUACAGGAGCAGCUGUGAAGGAAAUUAAGGAAGCGACAGACACAGCAUCCCAUCUUUGUGCCUCAUACAGAGCUCAGCUUUGAGGCCAGCCUUCCUGAGCUUUGGGGGGUGUGGCAUGCAUGACCCUCAAAGGGGAUGGCCUGAUGGGGAGCUUAUAAAGUGACUUGGGAGAAGCCAGGCACCAAAACAGGCACCUCACUUGGAGGCUUCUGUGUGGAAACUGUCAUCAUCUUAAUGAGAAAAGCUCUCCCGGUAAGUAUGGACAGAGGGCUUUCACACCAGCUCUGCGGGAGCCAUCUCUUCUUCCUCAAGCAAACUUACAAGGCCUCUCCUGAAGCCACCCAGACCCAAGAUGGUGACCAUGCUGUUGCUCCUGGGCACACUGGCAGGCCUCUUCACUGCAGCCGAGGGACAAAGUUUCCAUCUUGGGAAAUGCCCAACUCCUUCAGUGCAAGAGAAUUUUGACGUGCUAAAGUAUCUUGGAAGGUGGUAUGAAAUCGAGAAGAUCCCAUCGAACUUUGAGAGAGGGGACUGCAAUCAAGCCAACUACUUGCUGAUGGAGAAUGGCAACAUCAAAAUGGUAAACCAGGAGAGGAGACCCGAUGGAACCAUGAACCAAGUCGAAGGGGAAGCCAAACACACCAACCUCUCGGAGCCAGCCAAGCUCCUAGUCAAGUUUUUUGAGUUGACGCCAGCCACACCGUACUGGAUCCUGAUCACCGAUUACGUGAACUACGCUCUGGUCUACUCCUGUACCACCAUCAUCUGGCUCUUCCACGUGGAUUACGUUUGGAUCCUGGGAAGAAACCCUUAUCUCCCUCCAGAAACAGUAACCUACCUGAAAGAUAUCCUUAUUUCUAACGGAAUCGACACCCAAAAGAUGAUAAGCACUGAUCAAACGAACUGCCCUGAAUUCCCGUAAAGGGAGGGACAGCCACUCUGGGUUUACUUCUAUGCUUUGCGUCCCCGGCUCCACCCCAGCUCCUCACGAAGACAAACCGAGCGACUGUGACAAGGACCAGAGGGAAAGUCUGGCUAUAGAAGCCCGUGGAGGGGCCUCAGGGGAAGUUGAUCCAAACCCAGCCAGAUCCCAAACUGUCACCCCACUGCCGCCGCUGCUAGCCCAGUAAUAAACCUUUUGCUGAUCA